AUGUUGUUGUCCGUGGUGAUAAAGUGCACCAUUUAUGUUGUGGUACUCUCACAAUCCAUCCAUUGUGAGGCGGAUCCCCAGUUGAAUCUUCCGCCGCUGGCCCCAGCGCCGGGACCAUCGGUGAGGACUUCACCCGGGGACAGUGCUGCCGGGGCGAACGGUGCGUUCGAUCGAAGUCGCAGCGAGCGGUUUGGACCUCCGUACGGCGACGAUGACGAUGAGGAGGAACGGCCAAACUAUCCUCAACCGCAGGGUCGGGCUAACAAUGACUACGAUAGACGGGACCGUCCCGACUCGCCCUAUUCGAUCAACGAUCGUAAUCGAUACGAUGGGAACCGUGGGUUCGAUCCCUCGCGGACACCGGAAGCCAGGUACCCGGGAGAUCGCAGUCCCAAUCCGUACGUGCCGGACGUGGAUAAUCCGCAGCUGUACCGCGACCGGGAAGGUAACCGGGGUCCGCCGAAUCGGUUCGUUUCGGACGUGGAAAAUCCGCUGCUCUAUCGCGAUCGUACGCCGUACAAUCCGAACCGUGACGAUGAUCGCAAUCGCUACAAUAACCCCAACAACGUGCGUCCUUACAACCCGAACGAUCCGGGAUUCGAGGGACGCAAUCAGGACCCGAAUUUCCGUGAUCAGGGCUUCCGUGAUCCGAACUAUCGGGACCCGAACCGCGAACGGUACCCGGGAGCGGAUCCAGCCUAUCGUGACCCGGGACGGUUCCCGGGAGAUCCGGGCUACCGUGAUCCCUACCGCAGUCCGGAGGAAGAACGGUAUCGGGCGGAGAACGAGCGACGCUUCCGGGCGGAAAUGGAAAAGUUGCGCUCCUUUCUGGCCGACAUCGAUCGCAAGAGCUCGCUCGAGUGUUCGCUGAACGUUGCGGCCCAGUGGAACUUCGAGACGAACAUCAACGAUGCGACUCAGGUCGAAGCGCUUUCCGCACAGCAGCGAUACAACGACUUUCAACGUCUGCUGUGGGAUCAGAUGCGCCGAAUCGAUCAGACGAAAAUAUUCGACGAUAAGCUCUACCGCCAGGUGCGCCUAAUGUCAAUCAUUGGUCCCAGUGCUCUGCCACCCGAUCAACUCGAUAGGUACAAUCGCAUCGUAAACGAUAUGCUGGCCAUCUUCAACGGUGCGUCGAUUUGUGCGUACGAGCAGCCAUUCGAGUGUGGUCUUCGUCUGCAGCCUCAUCUGAAGGAUAUCAUGGCGAAAAGUCGCGACUGGAACGAACUGCAGUACACCUGGAUCGAGUGGCGCCGGAAGUCGGGCCGAAACAUGCGCGAUCUGUUCGAGCAGCUCGUCGAUUUGACCAACGAUGCUGGGCGGGUCAAUAAUUUCACGGACGCCUCGGCUUACUGGACCUUUCCGUACGAAUCGCGCAACUUCCGCGAGGAGAUGGAACAGGUGUGGCGCGAAAUCCUGCCCCUGUACGAGAUGAUCCACGCGUACGUACGCCGCAAGUUGCGCGAGUUUUACGGGCCGGACAAGAUCAACAAAAACGCCCCGCUACCGGACCACAUCCUGGGCGAUAUGUACGGGCAGAGCUGGCAGAACAUACUGGACAUCGUGAUUCCGUACCCGGGCCGCAGCUUCCUCGAGGUGACGCCUGAGAUGCAGAGGCAGGGCUACAACCCACUGGUGAUGUUCCAGAUCGCCGAGGAGUUCUUCGUGUCGAUGAACAUGUCCGCGAUGCCGCCCGAUUUUUGGGCCAACUCCAUCCUCACGCAGCCCCCGAACCGACCGAUCCUGUGCCAGCCGUCGUCGUGGGACUUUUGCACCGGCAAGGACUACCGGAUCAAGAUGUGCACGCAGGUGACACACAAGGACUUUAUCACGGUGCACCACGAGAUGGCGCACAUACAGUACUUCCUGAACUACCGCAACAAUCCGAAGGUGUUCCGGGACGGUGCCAAUCCAGGUUUCCACGAGGCCCUCGGUGACGCAAUCUCGCUGUCGGUGGCAUCGCCCAAGCAUCUGCAAAACCUGGGGCUCGUCCAGAAGUCGGUCGAUGACACGGCGCACGACAUCAACUUCCUGUUUUCGCUGGCCAUGGAGAAGGUGGUCUUUCUCCCGUUCGCGCUCGCCCUUGAAGCCUGGCGGUACGACGUGUUCAGCAAGCGAAUACGCAAGGAGCAGUACAAUUGUCACUGGUGGUUGCUAAGGGAAGAGUACGGUGGUGUUAAGCCGCCCGUGCUGAGGUCCGAACUUGACUUUGACCCUGGUGCCAAGUACCACGUCGCGGCGAACAUACCGUACAUCAAGUAUUUCUUCUCGAACGUGCUGCAGUUUCAAAUCUAUCGCUCGCUUUGCACCGCCGCCGGACAGUACGACCCACAGGACCCCACGAAGCCGUUGCAUAAGUGUGACAUCUACCGCCAGCCGGCGGCCGGCAACAUUCUCAAAAAGCUAAUGGAGCGCGGCACGUCACAGCCGUGGCAGCAGGUCCUGCAGGAGGUGAUCGGCGAGGGCCGGCUGGACGGGUCGGCGUUGCGUGAAUUUUUCCGCCCGCUCGAGGAGUGGCUGCGGAACGAGAACCUGCGCAACAACGAGUACGUCGGCUGGAUCUACGACGGGGACUACUGCAAGCACAGCAUCGAGACGGCCAACCUGCAAGUGUUUGGCGGGUUCUACAAUGUUGCCGUGCAGGCGCAGCUAACCAGCUGGCUGGUGCUAACGAUUUCCUGCUUGAUCAGUGCCCUUGUGCGCCAUCAGCUAGCAUAAGCAACAUAACCGUUGUCCCGCUUCGUAGCAAAAUAGAGAUAGGAAAUGAACCGCACCGUGCGUAGAG